GUGCGAGUGCGUGAAACUGCAGUGAAAGCAGCAACAGAAACUCUGGUUCUAAUUAGAUUUCACAUGACAUACAUCUGUGGCGGAGGAGACGCGUGCAAUACUCAUACCACAGUCAACUGAAGAGCGUGCUUGGCAUUCCAUGAUGCAUCAGCGAGCCUCAAGUCUGGUGUUUUGGGGACUCUUCUGGGUGAUCCUCAGCCAGUGCCCCACAGCUAGUGCCUUCUUUGACUGGCUGAAGGAGCAGCCUCAGAUUGCCCCUACACCACCUCCACCACCACCAGUCUAUGCUGAGUCUACGGACCCCCCAACUUUUGAGAUGCGUGUGGUGGAGGAGAGGUUUCUUGCAGAGGGCAACAUGAUGCAGCUGAGCCCUCUAGAUAGCUGCCAUUUACAGGUUAUCAGUCAGCUGAAGUCGACCUGUGAUGGCCUGUCAGAGGAGGGUCUGGCCAAGCUUGGCGUGGCUCUGUUCAACUGCCAGGCAGAGGUGGAGGGGCGCAGGACCUACCCGUGCACAGAGGACAUGUCGCUGAAAGAGUGCACCGCCGACAUGGACUCGGACACGUGGAAUGCGUACCACAUUGUGAGCAACAGGGCGCGCUCUGUGUGCUACGCCACUCGCCAGCAGCAUUUUCGCCGCCGGGCUGAGCUUACGGUCAACGCCCUCAUAGCCACAGCAACCAGCCAGCUCCACGCCAUGGAGGACCUGAAGGAGGGUCAAGAGGAGCUGCGGGACAUGACUGCAGCAUCUCUGGACAAGCUGCUGGAAGGGCACAGUGCCCUGCGGCUCCAGCAGGGGGCGCUGAAGGAGGGCCAGGAGCAGCUGGACGCCUCCAUCAGCAGCAACCUGGACAGGCUGGCCCAGGAGAAGGCUCUCAUCAGCACCGGACAGCAGCUGGUCUCCCAGCUCAUCCAGGGCAUCGCACAGAGGAUGGAGAAUGUGAGUGAGCAGUUGAAGACCCAAGGUUCGGAUGUGCAAGAUGGACAUCAGGCUAUUCUGGAUGACCUGGCACAAGUCAGAGGCCGUGCUCAGGACAUCUACAGUAAAAUGCAGGACAACAUGGUGGGCUUCCUUCAGCAGCAGAACGACACGGCACGCUUCUACUCUGAGCUCAUGGGCAAGCUGGAGCGCAUGAACGGCACGCUGGGCUACCUGCUGGUCUACCUGGACAACAUGCAGGGCAAGCUGGAGGACAGACUCCACAUCAUCCAGAGAUACCUCUCAUGGGCAGGAUUGAACAUUUGCGCGGUGUGGACCUGCGUUAUGCACACGGGUUACUUCCUGCUGAGUGCCGUGCUGCUGUCCUUCCUUCAGUGUCCCACGUUUUCCCGCCUGUCCCUUAUAGUCACCGUGCCUCUUAACGCCGUGGCCGAGGUCAACCAGCAGCCAGCCUUCGACCUGUGCACCCUCACAGCCCUGCUGUUUGCACUCUCCCUAGUGCGUUGGCUUGUAGUGCAGGUGCUGUCUGUAUUGUCCCAAGUCAAGGGGGACAUGGGCAGCCAACCACCCCAGGGCCUGUGCUGGAGUCCAGGCAAAGCCACCAAGGAGGGUUCCCCAAUUUUGCAACCACGUGGGCCUCCAUCGUCCACUCCACAAAAGGACCACUUGGAUUAUGACACUGGACUGGAGCUUGACGGUGAAGGCAGCUUGUUGGCUGGUGACCCGAGCAUUCUGGCCUCUAGUCCCCCACAGUCCUACUGGAGGUCUAGAUUUGCAGAGUCGGGUCUGGACGCAAUCAAUCAUUCAACGCCCACGGCUAAAAUCAGAUCCGGGGGAGGAGGAGUGACUCUUGAGAAUGUUUCCCAGCGGAACCUCACCGCCGCCCUGGACACUGUGGACCAGUCUUGCAAUUCAAGCAUGGCCAGCAAUGGCUCGGUCACUGGACGUGCUCUGUGCAAUGGGACUACCAAACUGGGCCAACCCUGCAAGAAGAGGGCCGUACGGGGCCAGAACUUCUGCCGCGUUCACAGCACUUAUUAACUUUUUUUAUAUAUAUAAACCUUUUCACUGCACUUUUUUAAAACAAAAUUUUGCCUGCCGCAUUCACAGCACUUUUUAACUUUUUUUUUUUAUAUAAACCUUUUCACUGCACUUUUUUAAAACUAAAUUUUGCCUGAAAGGCAUCAUGAAUGCAUGGAUUUGUGCUUUUUAACUGGGUUUGUUUUUGUUUCGGUUUUGUGUUGAUAUUUAUUUACGCAUGGCUUUUGGCUUUUUCUAUUUUACCCUUUUUUAUAGUCUGUGUAUUUUUGUUGUUGUUUUUAAGAAGGUUGAGGUGGGUGGGUGCGGAUUCGGAUGUGUGCAAUAUGUGGUGGUCUGUGUAUGUGUAUGCAGAACAUGAAGAUGAAAUAAACUCUUAAAUGAAGAA